AUGGCGGGACAGGUCAACGUUACUGUCGAUGAUUCAGAUUUCUCGAUAAAUUACCAACCUCCAGCGAUGUGGUGGGCCAGCACAAACUCGACGGCUUGUUCAUACUGUCUCACGCCUUUGAACUCGAGCUCGGCAUUCCAGAGCACUUGGCACCACGGUCUCCACAUCAUACCCGUCACUGAUAGCGAUGAUACACCACCACCACCACCACCACCACCACCUCCCCCUCCAUCGAGCGACGAUGAUGACGACGACGACGGUGAUGACGGCGAUGACGGCGAUAGUGAUAGUGGUAAGGGAAAGGGUAAGGGAGGGAAAUCGAGAAGAGAGGAAACUGCGCGAGUUGUCUCUAUAUUCACUCGAGUGGAGGACGUAAACACAAGGGGCGAAGUUGAAUAUCUCGAGGACCCCAGCUCUAUAUCUAGCCCUUUCGACGUGCAAAAAUUCGACGCCGACGAUCCCCAAUUUAUUGACUUGCCCGUCUUCGUUGAACUCAACUUUACCGGAUCCGCUAUUUAUCUCUAUUGUCUUCUCCCAUUAGGCCUCCCUCCCAACAGCAACAGCACUCCGACUCUCACAAAUCUUACCUAUACUCUCGAUGAUCAGCCUUCAGGCAACUUCUUCCACGACGGCACGGCGUCACAAUCUGGCCAGAUGAUGCCAAACUCUACCGUCUUCUCGAUGACUGGUCUAUCGCAAUCACCACACACGUUGCGAGUGGAUAUUGGUCCAGAUUCGGUCAUGCUCUUCGACUACUUCGUGGUCACCCAAUCGGAUGGGAACGACGCAGGUUCUUCCAUCGGCGCACCUUCUACGGCGACUCAGCCAACGCCAAGCCCUUCUGAACCUACCGAAGCCAGAGCCGCCUCCUCCAAACCAAAGAACGUCGCCACUUUCGGUGGUGCCGUUGGUGGUUCUGUCGGCGUCCUUUGCGUCAUCGCUAUCUGCCUCGCCGCGAGUCUCAUCCGCCGCCGACAACGAGCCGCAAAGCGUGAUCGACAACGGCGCGCUCGUGCAAGUUAUGCUUCAUCUGAUGCCGAGUCGUACCAUAGCGGCAGUGGAGGUAACGCAUUACCCGACGAGGGCCCGCAGAUGCAAGGACCCAGUGGUUUCGUGCCGAGAUAUUUCCCCGGGACGGUACCCGCUCCUCCACCUCCCUAUGCAGCAGCUGAACCACGACCGUUUUCUCCGUCGGAGACGACACCACUUUCCUAUGAUGACAUAUCGCCACACCUGGACGGAGAUGAGCCAUACGAGGACGUACCUCCGUCAUUUGUUGUGGCGAUUGCUUCACCAGAGCCUCCUUUGCUGGCGAAUAUCGUUCGGAGAAAUAUAGUCCGAAGUCUGACCUCGACAGAGGAGUUGGGGCAGCAAGAAACGGAGGAGGGUGCUUUGCCGAGGCAAGAUGAGCAGGAGACUGGCGAGAUGCAAAUUCUGCCACCACCGCUCACACCCCUACCACGGUCACGGCCGCCUAGUUUCCGCACGACAGAGGGCUCGCUUGCUCCUCGUCCUAAUCAACCGGAUCCGCUCGAUAAUGUGAACAUCCUUGAGACUGCCGGGGACGAGGAGGAAUACGAUAUCAACGGCAACAUCAUUCUUCGUCGGUGA